AUUAGAGAUAGAGGCGGGAGGGAAAUGGGACCGCAGGGACUCAUGGGAGAUAGAGGCGGGAGAGGUUUGGACCACAUUUACCACAAUGCACUACUUCAUCCCUUUCCUCUCACCUAGCUUUUCAGCGUUGUGGCGUGGCCUCGACGGACGUACCGAACGGACGUUGGGUCUCCCUAGUAACGUCAUCUUCGUGCUAUACAGAUUGGUGAAAACCCGCCCUUUCCAGGGCAGCGUCCUAAGGUUCGGGAAUGGGGCGCCAGGGCAGUUAUUUUCAAGGAACCUUUGAACUCUGAGGAAAUCAGUUAUUUCUGAAGAAGUGUUUCUGAAAAGACGUUGUGCCUAUCAGGAGAAAAAACGACCCCGGAAUCAAUAAUCCCUGAGCAUCUAGAGCAAAGCAUGAAACUCACUGGCAUCUGUGCCUCUUUCCUCAUUCUUUUCUGCAAUAUUGCUCAUCAGAGGGAAGGAGCCCAAGAUUCUUGUUCACAUCGAUGUGGGGAGGAACUAGUUAACUGCUCGUGCCAGAGGGCCUGCAAGUCCCUGGGGAUUUGCUGUUCUGAUUACAGUGAAUUCUGUCUGCAGAUCUCUCCAUCCUCGGGCUCCCUUAUGGGAGGCAAGGACUUUGAGAUUUUAAAUGUGACUUUUAAUGCCUCCUCUGCUGUGAGCUGCAGGUUCAAGCAGGAAAUUGAAACCAGUGGCUAUGUUGCUGAAGAUGGAAGAGCCCACUGCAUCUCCCCUUUGCUGUAUGAGAGUGGCCUCAUCCCCUUUGAGAUUUCCAGGGAUGGUGGGCUCACAUUUCCUCACUCUGCAACUUGGUUAUCAGUACAUCACAGCAAAGUGUCAGCUGCAGAAAAAAGCACACUAGUGAAUGCCACAAAGUGGCAGUACUAUGGCACACCCAACACAGGAGGAAAUUUGACUGUCACAUGGAUGCACCAGACAUUUCCAGCUAGACGUGUCAAUAUAGAAGUCUGGGGGUACCAAGAAACAGGUGAGAGUUACUCAGAGAAUUGGAUGGCUGAAUGGAAAUAUCUUUACACCUUGGGAAAGGAAGAACCCAAUAGUGGAACAUUUACUUUCAUUCCUGUACCUGCUAAAGCAGAUUACAAUACCUGGGACAUUGGAGCUUUGAGAAUCAGUCCAAGCAACUAUUCUGAUGGGCAGAGCAAUGUUCCAUCAAUCUGGAGCCCAGUGCAUGCACUGGCCUGGCACCUUGGGGAAGACUUCAGGAAAGACUCAGCUUCCUGGGCAACAGCCAAGUGCCUGGAAUGGGACAGGAGGGAGGAGACACUUCCUGACUUCCUGGAAGAAAUUAUGGAUUGCCCCUGCACCUUGGCACAAGCCAGAGCUGACACUGGCAGGUUCCAUACUGAUUAUGGGUGUGACAUUGAAAAAGGGAGUGCGUGCACUUACCAUCCUGGAGCCGUGCACUGUGUAAGGGCCAUUCAGGCCAGCCCCCGGUAUGCAUCGGGACAGCAGUGCUGCUAUGACUCUACAGGUACCCAGAUCCUCACACGAGACUCCAUAGGGGGAAGUACACCUGAUCGAGGCCAUGACUGGGGUUCUCCACCUUUCAAAAAGCCUCCUAGGGUUCCUGGUUUUUCUCAUUGGCUUUAUGAUGUCAUCAGCUUUUAUUACUGCUGUCUGUGGUCUGAUAACUGUCAGUUCUACCUGAAGCACCGUCCCUCCAGUGACUGCAGGACUUACAAACCUCCUCGGGUUGCUUCUGCUUUUGGGGAUCCUCACUUCCUCACAUUCGAUGGAGCUAACAUCACAUUCAAAGGACAAGGUGAAUACACACUGCUGGAGUCCAAUCUGACAACCUUAAGAGUACAAGGAAGGACACAACCUGCCAGACCUCUCAACAAAACUCUGGCUAAAGUGACAGGCUUGUCUUCAGUUGCCAUACAGGAGAAUAAUUCUGAUGUGAUUGAGGUACGCAACUCAGAGCACUCUGGGAUGUUGGAGGUCCUGUUGAACAAGGAGGUGCUUAGUUUCUCUGAGCAAAGCUGGAUGGAUUUGAAAGGCCUCUUUCUCUAUUCCACAGCUGAUCAGAACAUCACAGUGAUGUUCUCUUCUGGGGCUGGUAUGGAACUAAGAGGAAGGGGAGGAUUUCUGAGCCUGACAGUCCUGUUGCCAGUGGAGUUUCACAAUCACACACAGGGUCUCUUGGGGGUAAUGAAUGAUAAUCCAAGGGAUGAGUAUACCUUCAAAAAUGGGACAACCAUGUCAUCUGAUGCCAGCCCUCAGCAGUUGUUUGAGUUUGGAGCUGACUGGGCUGUCAAAUAUGAAACUUCCCUCUUUACUUAUGACACCCAGUUCUUACUGAACAACUUCUUCUAUGCGGAAAAGCACAACUCUGCCUUCAUACCAGUGUUUUCUCCUUAUGAAGACCCUGCUGACCUCCUGGUGAAGGAGAUGACCCUGCUCUGUGAUUCUGACCCUUUCUGCAGGUUUGAUGUCCUGACAACCAGAAGCCUCAAGGUGGGAAAUUCCACCAGAGUAUCCCAUCAGAAUCACAAGUGGCUGGUGGAGAGUCUACAGCCAGUGGUCUCUUGUGGCUGGUUGGAUCACCCCACGAAUGGGAAAAAAGAAGGGACAAAUUACCUGUUGAACUCAACCAUCCGAUUUAGCUGCAAUCAAGGAUAUAGGCUUGCUGGAUCAGAAGAACGAACCUGCCAGUUGACUGGGGUUUGGUCAGGGGGCACAACCAGCUGUUUGCCAGGAACAGCCUCCCAUCCCUGCAGUGAAUGGGGAAAUACUCUGUUUAGACUCAAUACAGCAUUUCUAACCACCUUGAGAGAUGGUGAAGUAUUCAACGAAGAUACUUCAGCACAGCACACUUGUACAUCAGCGCAAGGGGCAGAAUGUUACACUGCAAAUGGGGCGGACUAUCGGGGCACUCAGAACCAAACCUCCCUGCAUGCGGGGAGACCUUGUCUCUUUUGGAAUGAGACUUUCCAGCAUCCUUACAAUACCCUGAAAUACCCCAAUGGAGAGGGAGGGCUUGGAGAGCACAACUAUUGCAGGAACCCUGAUGGAGAUGUCAGCCCCUGGUGCUACAUUGCAGAGAGUGAGGAUGGAGUGUAUUGGAAAUACUGUGAGAUUCCAUCUUGCCGAAUGCCUGGGAAUCUUGGCUGUUACAAGGACUAUGGAGAUCCCCCUCUUACUGGCAUCAGUGAGACCUCAAACAAACUCACUAUCCAAACCUGCAUCAGCUUCUGCCGAAAUCAGCAGUUCAAGUUUGCAGGCAUGGAGUCAGGCUAUGCCUGUUUCUGUGGGAAUAACCCUGACUAUUGGCGCUAUGGGGAGGCAGUCAGCACAGAAUGCAACAGUGUCUGUUUUGGCGACCAUACCCAACCCUGUGGUGGUGAUGGCAGGGUCAUCCUCUUUGACACCCUCAUUGGUGCCUGUGGGGGGAACUAUACCUCCCCAACAUCUGUGAUCUAUUCUCCAGAUUUCCCUGACACCUAUGCCACAGGCAGGGUGUGCUACUGGACCAUACAAAUUCCAGGAGCAUCUCAGAUCCAGUUCAACUUCACUCUCUUUGACAUCAAGGACUCCACAGACAUGGUGGAGGUGCUGGAUGGCUACACCUACCAUGUGCUGGCUCGUUUUGAUGGCAGGAACCGGCCUCCCAUCUCUUUUAAUGUCUCUUUGGAUUUUGUCAUUUUGUAUUUUUUCUCAGAUCAAAUAAAUCAGGCCCAGGGAUUUGCUGUCGUGUACAGAGCUACCAAAGAAAAGCUACAGCAGGACAUUACUACAGUCAAUCAGAAAUUUACUGAGGUGAUAACUGAACAAGCAAAUCUCCGCAUCAAUGCAGCCCAGUCUUCAAAGAUACUUUAUGUCAUCACAACCAGUCCGAGUCAUCCCACUAGCAUCAUGUCUGAGUGGACAGUAUAUGGCCUCACAGCUCUCCUCAUCAUAACUGUCUCAGCCAUAUUGGCAAAGAUACUUCUGCAUUUCAUAAUGAAAUCUCAUCAGGCACCUUCUUCAGCUGAGAUAGGGGAUUCUCACCAAGCAACUACUGCAGGAGAGAUCUGGAGUAUUUUUUACAAGCCAUCCACCUCCAUCUCCAUCUUCAAGAAAAAAUUUAAGAGCCAACAAGAUGAUUGCAACCUCCUUGUGGGACACUAAAGUGACAGUCACUCCAUGAGACACAUUAUUCUCCUGCAGUUCAAAGUGUAUUGGGGAUAAUCUUUUUCCUCUAUCUUCUCCUUGUUUUCCAAAGGAUCUGGACAGACCGUUUCUGGAGUUCCAUGGUGCACACCAGACAUGGGAAAACCAGCUGCUAUAACCAUUUUGAAGUAUCUGGAGCUUGUCAGCUCUCUCAUCCUUCUAAAUAUGGUCUUAAACCACUUCGCUUAAAAUAGAAACAGAAUCUCUAAAACAGUAGGUGUCCUGCACACCCACAAAAUGAGAUGAAUGUGAGAACCCUGUGGAGAUCAGGACUUUGGGUCUGCUUUGACUGCUGUAAUAGUUUAGGUCAUUUUAAGCACAAAUAUAAAUGACACCAUCUUUUCAGCUGCUGCAGCAAUAUGUGCUGAGUUGCCUCUGCUGUAGAUGUUUCUAGCUGGCAAUGUACAAAGGUGAGGGAGUCACAGACUUUGAGAAGGUAUCUGCCUCAUAGCCAAUGUUCUGCUAUUUUUGGAUGGCCUCUUUUCAGAAGUACAAAUAUAGAGAACCAAUCAGGUCUUAAAGGUAAAAUUGGGAGAAAAAUGCUCAACAAAGCCUGAGCUACAAACAAAUUAAAUAGGUGGUGCUCAUUGGUUCAGAGUCAACAUGGGAUGUUUAAAGUUUAAAGUUUGUGUGUCCGAGCCACAAUGCCUACUAAGUGUUUUCUAAGAGGUCACUUGUAGUAGCAACAGACAUGUCAUGACAAACCUAUACCAUUCUUAUGCCCUGCAUCGAGUCUGGAUGUGAACAUAGGGCUGCCUAACAAAGCAAUGACCUUUUCAGUCAAACUGUUAAGCCAGCGAGCUUCAGAUGGUAAGGCUGACAAUCAAGAUUCCCUACAACAAAAGUUAAAGAUAUCACUGACAGCGGCAAAAGGUGGGGAUGACACAAUGGAGCUGUAAUAGUUGGUAAAUGACUGCAUGGCAUUAUCAGUAUCAAUUGACGAGAAGGCUGGAAGGAACAGGAACAGCCAGGGAUAUAAGCAUAGUCAAUCACACCACCAAAAUCCACCAGUAAGGGGCAGCAGAGUGUGCAAGCGUGUCUCAGAAGUCCUGAACAUAAACUAUCUUGGCCUCUCCUGUAGGGGAGACAAUUGCCAAAAAUCUAAUAUGGCAGCAACACAGAAAUAGCGAAUGCUAGUAUAAGCACGUCUUUGAUACAUGCUUACCUAGGGAGGUGGUGGAAUCUCCUUCCCUAGAAGUUUUUAAGGUCAGGCUUGACAAAGCCCUGGCUGGGAUGAUUUACUCGGGGAUCGGUCCUGCUUUGAGCAGGGGGUUGGACUAGAUGACCUCCUGAGGGCCCUUCCAACCCUGAUAUUCUAUGAUUCUAUGUUUCACGCACACACGUGUGCGUGCACACACACACACACACACACACACACACACACACACACACACACACACACACACACACACACACACACACACACACACACACACACAUGCUUAGAAAGCUGUGAAUUUAGGAGAGCCCUGUAAUCCCUGGGAUGAUACACGUGUCUAGAACCCGAAUCCCAGGGUACCGUGGUGGGGACAUGUUUGUGGGUGAGAUGUGUAACCAUGAAAUGCUCCCAGGCAGCGGUUUGGGGGCCGGGGGUGGGGGUGGCAUGUGUAUGUGUGAGUGAGAGAGGUGACCAAGUAGAAAUGUAUGUGACAGAGAGACAAACCCGCUGUCCUCAUGAUGCCUGAAUGUAUGUGUCCAUCUGUAACCUCUGGGACACUUGCACUGCAACAUGAGGAUUGGUAGGGUGUGUUUAAUCUGGAGUGUUCUGUGGGUUUACUCAUUAUAAAUGCUUCAGCAACUCGUAUGCCAUUUAAAAAGGAAGUUGCUGCAAUGAGAGCAGCUGAAAAAACAGCAAUAGUUUCCACAGCUCAGGGCCUGAGCCUCCCCCACAUUCCUAUGCUAGUGUCUGGACAGCAGGCUUCACUUCCCUGCACAGGGGACGCUUUGAUGCUUCCAGCUUUUGCACCUGUUUCUAUUGUGACCUCAACAUCAUAUUUCAAGUGCACAACAUACUUCCCAGCAAUCAUGAGGCCAGGAUUAGGAUAGUGGCAGCCAAUCCUUACCCCAAGGCUAAAUCAAGCUGCCUUGCUGUGCAUUCCGGACUACACAAGGAAGUGGUGGGACAGCUGGAUUUUGUCUCCAUUCAGAGGUGACAGCGUAUAAAUGUGAGUAAUCAAAGUGAAGAAAAGCUCCAGUUAGGCAACAGAAUGAGGAAGAGAAACACUGGAGACAAACACCAACACCUGAGGAAGUCUACACAAACAAAGCAAAAUUGAGGCCAAGACAAGUGACAGCUGCUGCUUUCGGUUAAAGGUGGUUUUGAAUGUUCUUGCCAACAAUAUCAAGGCCAAGAGUGUUCUCACUUCAAUCUUUUUGAUCCAGGAGAGGGGAUUACACAAGUCCAGCUGUCUUCAUACCCUGCAGUGUUGGAGAAAGUAUCUUGUUCCAGAAGUCUUUGGACCUGUAUCAACAUAUGCUCACCCUCCACCCCGGGCUGCCAUAGAAAUCAUGCUCUAACCUCAGAGCCAGGUGACUGACAAAGACAUGGCCAAGAAUAAUCUUCAGGACAGUUACAGAAGGGACACUGGGUUUCUCACUAGAACAGUCGGAAUGAUACUUUCAUAUGAACAAGGGCUUAAGACCAGCCUGUGUCCUCUUAAUAAUAAGGCUCUUUUGUGGAAUCAUUAGUUACAUGAUUUCCUACACUAUGGAAAGUCUGAACAUGGCAGGUCAGAGCCUCAACAAGUGUGUUACCAUAGCUCUAUUGACUAUAGUGACUCUAUGACAAUUUACAAUAGCUGAGAGAGGGGGCUUAUUUCACUAAGAGUUCUGCGCUGGCCAGCCUUGCCUUGGGUAAUUAAUUUUGCUCUUCUGCUUCCAAACAGAGCAAUGUGGACCUAAGGACUCUAGUAUAUGGUGGAAACAGGCCUUUCCCCAUUUGUACAUUCCCAAAAAUAUUUUCAAACUGCUGCAUCAUUGUAUUGGCCAGAAUGUAUGAGUAGACUCAUGCAGCAACAAAUGCAAAACGAAGAAAGAGUGUUUUUCCCUGUGAGUAUCAUACUGCAAGCCAAAUAAUAUGACACGUCUCCUACUAACUUGAGGUACCAAUCCACUUACAAGGAGGGAAAAAAACAACUCAAAAUACUCCCAAAAGAAACU